CACGAGAAUCACCGACACAUUCCGCUCUUGCCAAGUCACCUUGGCAUACCAAUCAUAUUCGUCCGCCAAGUGCGACUUGGCAAUCAUUACAUUGCUUUGUCCUUCUUGACCUUCUUCUUCAGGACGCAUAUCCUACCCCAGCAUGUAACAGUGGGUGAAUCAAAGUCUUGGAUCGCGUGCCUACCUCACUCCAGUACAUGUGUACAGCCGCCACCAUUGAAUAUUCGCUAUCUCUUGGCUGCUGGCACUAUAUUCAACCGCUUCUGA